CUUAGCCGGCGACGGGCGGCGCUGUUGGGAGGAGGCCGCCGGGGGGAGGGGGGAGGAGGAGGUCCGGCAGCCGGCGUCGCGCCGGCGAAGGCAACGCCGCCGUCAGCAUCCUCGUUUCCGCCGCCGUGGCACAGCGUUGCUUGGCGGCCGCGGGGGGAGCAAGGUAGUGUCAGCGGCGGCGGCUGAAGGGGACGAGGCAGGGGGAGCGAUGCAGCCGCCGUGAGAACCCCGUCGAGGCCGGCGGCGCCCCACGGCCUAGUUCGGCUUCGUCGUUGCCUCCACCCCCAGUCGCGGCACCCACGCUUCCCCGACCACGAUGCCGCCGCCUCCGCCAUGGCGUCCGUGAAGGCCCCCGCGCCGCAGGAGCAGAAGGUGGAGGGCGAGUCGUCGGACGCGUCGUUAGCGGUGGGGGGAGGCUUUGAGCUCCCGCCCGCGUGCGGCGGCCACUCGGCGGCAAUCGGCCCGGCCGACCGUCAUGGUCUCCUCCUCCUCCUCCUCCGCGGCGGGGGGCGGCUUCGAGCUCCCGCCCGCGUGCGGAUUCCACUCGGCGGAACCUGGCGCGGCCGACCGCCGUGGUCUCCUCCUCCUUCUCCGCUUGGCGGCCGCCGUGGCAUCCACGGUCGUCGUCGUCGCCGCGGCGAGCGACGCCGGCAAGCUGUCGCUGUGGGCGCUGGUGAAAGUGGUGGCGCCACUCCCUCCUCUCCCGCCGACGCCGCCGCGCGCUGCUCCCUCCUCUUCCGCUGGCGCCCACCGGGGAGAAGGGCGGCGGACUUGGUGCGGCCGCCGCGUCGCCAUCUUGCUCCCUUUACGCGGUGAAGAAAAACGUGUCCUCCGUCGUGUCGUUGUACUCUCUGGCGGCGGUAGCAGCUCCCACUCCGGGUGCCCGGUUCUGUCGCUGCCGCUCUCAAGUCGUCCUCGAGGUAUUUGUCCGAUGCCGGGGAAUUCCAGCCUUGGCUCUCCGGGUAGGAUGGGUAUCUCAGCUCACCUGCAGGGGCCAAGCCCAAUCUCUAUGUCCACAAUCAGGCCAGACCGCCAGAGUCCAAGAAAUCGGCCAUGUUCUCUCUGAAGCUCUUCAUGAAAUCGGCAUACAACUAGUGUCAAAGAUAAACAAUCGAUCUAGUCGUUAGAUUAUCCUAAUUUUGAUCAUGGUUGUGAUAUGUAAAUUUGCAAUCUCAAUGUCAGUAUGUCACAAAUUAUGAAA